AUGACCCGAGCUGAAGUCGCACCUUCGUCCGUUGCCGAAGCGCAGCGCGACAAGCACUCUCGCACGCUGCCGGGCCCGGCAUCGGGACCCAACAAGGACGGCGCUUCCGCGCCGGACGGAGCCUCUGCGCUGGGCAACGAGCUGGGCGGCGAGCGCGAUGCGCGCCGCGAGCUGGCCGCCGCACGCCGCGAGGGCGAAGACGUGCCCCCUCCGCCCGCGUCCAACACGGCGUCGGACCUCGGCUUUGGCCAGCUCAACGGCGCCGAGCAGGGCGUCGCCACGCCGGGCGCCGAGAAGCGCGACCAGAUGCAGACGUCGCGCAACUCGGAAAUGCACAAGGACCAGCCUGACCUGCGCAAGAUUGCCCAGUCGAGCAGCGCCUCGGCCGCCCACAACCCCACCACGGGUUCCGCCCAGCUCCACUCGACGGGACACAGCAGGCCCGAGGACCUCCUCGACACCGUCCAGAGGAGCACCGGCACCGAGAGCGGUACCGGCGCCGCGGGCGCAAAGAGCGGCGCUGGCGUCGAGGUCGGUCGCGACGCGGCUACCAACAACGUCGUCUGA